CGUAUGUCCCUCUGAACAACAUCAAACGAGAAAAAAAGAAAAAAGGUUCUUUGGUAACAAUCUCAAUCUGUGCUAGUUCCAGUUCAAUAGAGAGAAUAAGAGAAGAUGUCACUGAUUCCAAGUUUCUUGGGUGGUCGAAGGAGCAACGUUUUCGAUCCAUUCUCCCUCGAUGUCUGGGACCCUUUUAAGGAUUUUUCUUUUCCCAGUUCUCUUUCUGCUUCCUACCCUGAAUUUUCUCGGGAAAAUUCUGCAUUUGUGAGCACACGAGUGGAUUGGAAGGAGACCCCAGAAGCACAUGUGUUCAAGGCUGAUCUUCCUGGUCUGAAGAAGGAGGAAGUGAAGGUAGAGAUUGAAGAUGACAGGGUUCUUCAGAUAACUGGAGAGAGGAACGUUGAGAAAGAAGAUAAGAAUGACACGUGGCAUAGGGUGGAGCGUAGCGGUGGCAAGUUCACGAGGAGGUUCAGAUUGCCAGAGAAUGCCAAAAUGGAACAAGUGAAAGCUUCCAUGGAAAAUGGGGUUCUUACUGUGACUGUUCCAAAGGAAGAGGUCAAGAAGACUGAUGUUAAGGCCAUAGAAAUCUCUGGUUAAACUGAUUAUGUUUAUGUGUUUUUCUUUUUCUUUUCUUUUUUUAAAUUGUGUGCUUAGCGUUAGUGUUGUAAUAUUACUUUUGUGUAUGCGGUCUUUAAGAAAGAAAACCCUUACCAUGGAUUGUGAGGGAAAGUAUCAUGUAUGUGAAUUGUAAUUAUUAUAGUGUCGAGAAAUAAAUCUAGAUCGAUAUUGUAAUAUCAUAA